UGUUUUGGUCCGCGGGUGUAUCCGUAGCCACAGUCUGCCCUGGCGUCUACAGCCGGGGAGCCGGGAGUCGGGAGUCUUGGACCCUGGGCCGAGGUCCAAGAUGUCUGCCAGGCAAGGGAGGCAGAGUGGAGGUUCCUCGCUGGUUGGCGCGGUUUCUGUCAGCGACGUCCAGGAACUGAUGCGGCGCAAGGACGAGAUUGAGGCACAGAUCCAGGCCAAUUACGAAGUGCUGGACAGCCAAAAAGGAAUUGGGAUGAAUGAGCCGCUGGUGGACUCUGAGGGCUACCCUCGGUCGGAUGUGGACCUAUACCAAGUCCGCACUGCUAGGCACAACAUCAUCUGCUUGCAGAAUGACCACAAGGAAGUGAUGAAGCAGGUGGAGGAGGCCUUGCACCAGCUACAUGCUCACGACAAGGAGAAGCAGGCCCGGGACAUGGCCGAGGCAGAGGAAGAGGCCAUGAGCCACAAACCAGGGCACAGUAUGAGCCACAGACCUUCACAGGCCUUCGCCAAAGUGAACAGCAUCAGCCCUGGCUCUCCAGCCAGCACUGCGGGUCUACAAGUGGAUGAUGAGAUUACGGAAUUUGGCUCUGUCAACGUCCAAAACUUCCAUUCACUGAGUAACAUCAGCACUGUGGUGCAGCACAGUGAGGGGAAGGGCCUGAACGUGGUAGUGAUGCGUAGGGGAGAGAAACACCAGCUCAGACUUGUUCCAACACGCUGGUCAGGAAAAGGAUUGUUGGGUUGCAACAUUAUUCCUCUGCAGAGAUGACUGUCCUUUGGAAACAUUAACAGGAAAGCAUCUUCUCUUGCCCUGGACUUGGGUGUAGUGGAGAUUUCCUCACUCUCUUCUCUCCCUGAAGCAUAAGGAUGGAUCUGGAAGAAGCUGGAAGCCUGAACUUCUAGGUGGUGGAAACGCUAUGGCCUUCUCAUGUAAUCUCUCUGGAUUAAGGCAUUGUUAAAACACUUGAUUUGUGCUUAGCAUCUUUUGCAAAUGCCCUGAAUGGGAAUUCUCUGGCUUGUGGGCAAGUGGGUGGGAGUUAUUCUGGCAGGUGCUGAUAUGACCUUUUAGGAUUUUGUUUUAUUUUAUUUUAUUUUCAAAUAAACAGUUUUACAGUGCUGAUAUGA